GAUUCCUCCCGCGUGCGCCAUCCCCUUCGCUAGCAGGUGUGAGCGGCUUUCUACCGCCAGUCUCCACACAGCUCAGCAUCUUGCCGCCUCCUCCGAGCCUGAAGCUAGUGUAGACUCUGCUGGGACAUCUUGGCUCCCAGGUGCCGAUCCUAUCCUCCUCAGUGAGAAGGUCCGAGAAUCUUACAGCAGAUUUUCUCGGCACAAUGGGCUGCAAAAACUUGCUCAGCCUCGGCCAGCAGAUGCUGCGCCGGAAGGUGGUGGAUUGCAGCCGGGAGGAGAGUCGACUAUCCCGCUGCCUCAACACCUAUGACCUGAUAGCUCUUGGGGUGGGCAGCACCUUGGGCGCUGGUGUCUACGUCCUAGCCGGUGCCGUGGCCCGUGAAAAUGCUGGCCCUGCCAUCGUCAUCUCCUUCCUGAUCGCUGCUCUUGCCUCAGUGCUGGCCGGCCUGUGCUAUGGCGAGUUUGGUGCCCGAGUCCCCAAGACGGGCUCAGCCUACCUCUAUAGCUAUGUGACAGUGGGGGAGCUCUGGGCCUUCAUCACUGGCUGGAACCUGAUUCUCUCCUACAUCAUCGGUACUUCAAGCGUGGCAAGAGCCUGGAGUGCGACCUUUGACGAGCUGAUAGGCAAACCCAUUGGGGAGUUCUCACGUCAACACAUGGCCCUGAAUGUUCCUGGGGUGCUGGCCCAAACCCCAGACAUAUUUGCUGUGAUUAUAAUUAUCAUCUUAACAGGACUGUUAACUCUUGGCGUGAAAGAAUCAGCCAUGGUCAACAAGAUCUUCACCUGUAUCAAUGUCCUGGUCUUGUGCUUCAUCAUGGUGUCGGGAUUCGUGAAAGGCUCCAUUAAAUACUGGCAGCUCACGGAGAAAGAUUUCUUCUGUGGCAACAAUGACACAAACGUGAAACAUGGCGAGGGAGGGUUCAUGCCCUUUGGAUUCUCUGGUGUCCUGUCAGGGGCAGCCACCUGCUUUUAUGCCUUCGUGGGCUUUGACUGCAUUGCCACCACAGGGGAAGAAGUCAAGAACCCCCAGAAGGCCAUUCCUGUGGGCAUCGUGGCGUCCCUCCUCAUAUGCUUCAUAGCGUACUUUGGGGUGUCUGCCGCUCUCACGCUCAUGAUGCCUUACUUCUGCCUGGACGUUGACAGCCCGCUGCCUGGUGCCUUCAAGCAUAGGGGCUGGGAAGAGGCUAAGUAUGCAGUGGCCAUUGGUUCUCUCUGCGCACUUUCCACCAGUCUCCUAGGCUCCAUGUUUCCCAUGCCCCGAGUUAUCUAUGCCAUGGCUGAAGAUGGACUACUGUUUAAGUUUUUGGCCAAAAUCAAUGAUAGGACCAAAACACCAGUAAUCGCUACUGUGACCUCAGGUGCCAUUGCUGCUGUGAUGGCCUUCCUCUUUGAACUGAAGGACCUGGUGGACCUCAUGUCCAUUGGCACUCUCCUGGCUUACUCUUUGGUGGCUGCCUGUGUUUUGGUCUUACGGUACCAGCCAGAACAACCUAAUCUGGUAUACCAGAUGGCCAGAACUACCGAGCUAGAUCAAAUAGACCAGAACGAGCUGGUCAGUGCCAGUGAGUCACAAACAGGCUUUUUACCGGUAGCUGAGAAGUUUUCUCUGAAAACCAUCCUCUCACCCAAGAACGUGGAGCCAUCCAAAUUCUCAGGGCUAAUUGUGAACAUUUCAGCUGGCCUCCUAGCUGCUCUUAUCAUCACUGUGUGCAUUGUGGCUGUGCUUGGAAGAGAGGCCCUGGCCGAAGGGACGCUGUGGGCAGUCUUUGUAAUGACAGGGUCAGUCCUCCUCUGCAUGCUGGUGACAGGCAUCAUCUGGAGACAGCCUGAGAGCAAGACCAAGCUCUCAUUUAAGGUACCCUUUGUCCCCGUACUUCCUGUCUUGAGCAUCUUUGUGAACAUCUAUCUCAUGAUGCAGCUGGACCAGGGCACGUGGGUCCGGUUUGCAGUGUGGAUGCUGAUAGGCUUUGCCAUCUACUUCGGUUAUGGGAUCUGGCACAGUGAGGAAGCAUCCCUGGCUGCUGACCAGGCAAAGACUCCUGACAGCAACUUGGACCAGUGCAAAUGACGUGCAGCCCCACCCACCAGGGUGACAGCGGUUGACGGGUGCCCGUAGAGGCCCAGGACCCUCACAAUCUCUCCACUCAUGCCUCGGGAUCAGCUCACACCCCUAAAUGUCACCAAAGCUGGUUUGCAGCCUCAGCCUUGCAGCCAGCUCAUGAGAUCCUGGUCACUUCUGGACAGUUCCUUGGUUUCCUCAUCUCCCUCUGAACAAAGAAAGCAGCCCUUCCCCCUGCCAGCUGGAAGCUUUGCUGCUGCAGCCCCAGCAGAAGGGAGGCCCCCUUCUCCUCUUACUUGGGAAGCAGGCCUCCCUCCCUGGGACCACCCUGGUAUUGCUCAUGUGUACACUCCAGAGGGCUAGCGAGCAUCUCCCUGUCAGCCCAGGACAGCCUCCUGACCACAAGAUGCAAGACUAUCCCGGUGAGGAAGCAUGUCCCCCAGCAGUGCUACCCAACAGCCAAUCAACUACAGAAUACCUAAAGAGGAGAACAGGCCCGCCCGCAUCUUACUGCUUUCAGGCUCCGGUAGUAGGAUAGGGCCCCGGGUCUGCAUGGAGGCUUCUGUGCAGGACCCAGCACGGUGUGAGCCAUUCCGGUGUGAGCCGUUCAUCUCGAGCACAGAAAGAUGGGAGAUCCCUGGAAUCAUCAAUAGUAUCAAGAUGGGCUGGCCAGCUCUGCUCACUUGGACUAGGGUGACAUUCUCUAGUCUUCUAGCGGGCCUGGAUCGGCUUCUGCUGCUCUUGGCACCUCAUCCUCCCUGUCGUGAGUCACUGGGUUAUGUCACUCUCACGGGUCUUCUAAAGUUCCUCAGACAGGUGGCACUCAAUGUGGGGUGGUGACGCUUUUCUGGCCACUGAUGCAAUCUGUGUGGCCUCUUACAUCUAAGGAGUGCUGUGGAGUCCUACCCCCUGUUGCCUGCUGUGAAUCACUCCACUGGAUUAACUUGGGGCUUAAUGUUACCUUGGAAGAUAGCCAACUAAUAACUGAGUGCCAUAUCAGCUUGUGGUUCAAGAGGUGUGGCCUGCACAGGAGACAGCUUGGGGUCCUAUCGCUAUUCCUCUUGUAGCUUCGGUGCCUUUACCUGCUGCUGGUGAGAUUUCCACCCUGGCCUGGACCUUAUUCCCCGAGGAUGCCUUCUAUCCCCUCCCCCAUGCUCCUUAUCCCUCUGGGUGAGGCCCUAGGGCCUACACCUCUUCUUUUACUCUGUGUAGAUAGAAACUGCUUGAGAGUGCUGGUGGAUUCUCAGAGCCAGCAGGGCACCCUUUCCACCCCACCCCACCCCUGCCCCCCUACCAUAUUGGGGUGGGGAAGGCUAGUGUCUUAGCCUAAUGUUGAUGCUGUUUUUAAAGCCUAGCUUUCUUUCCUGUCUGGCCUUUGACCCAAGUCUGGUGGGAACAGGCUGGGUAAACUGAUGGCUCUGGCUUCCCCUCUGCUCUGGAAGGCUCUUGGGAAUGGCAAGAGUUAGUGGAACUGGACUGGCGUGUAGCCUAGUGGUAGGGCACUUGCCUAGCCUACGCAGGACCUCAGAUUCCACCCCUAGCACUGUGUAUGGAAAAUAAGGGAAAUUAGAGAAACCGCCUGGUUCCUGGGUCAGCCAGUGGAGGGCAGCUGAGCAGCCAAGAGCCAGGCAUUGUGCCAGGCCCUGACCACCACCCAGGCACUUUGUCUGCCUGAGAAAACUUCAAAAGGGAGUAUUAUAAGACCCUACAUGUUGAGUUUCUAAAGGUAUUUAAAGUUAUGUAGAUUGGUGCUGUAAAAUAUUUUGAUAAAUAUUAACUUAUUUUGUU